CAGAUAAGUAAAAGCUCAACUCCUAAAGGAAGAACAAGAAGACAGGAUCUCAAGCAGAAAGAAGCUCCCUUUUCCCGUCAGAGUUCAGUUAUAAGAAUGACGGCUGAAGUGCAACAGCCCUCUGUUCAGACCCCUGCCCACAGCAGCCCAAUGUCGGAAAAACCGCACGGACAGACGCCUGUGAUGGAAACCUCCUCGUCCUCCACCAGCACCAAAACCAAAAAGACGAACGCUGGAAUUCGGCGUCCUGAGAAGCCGCCGUACUCCUACAUUGCGCUCAUUGUAAUGGCCAUACAGAGCUCUCCAACCAAGCGGCUUACUCUGAGUGAAAUAUACCAAUUCCUCCAAAGCCGCUUCCCGUUUUUCCGAGGCUCGUAUCAAGGUUGGAAGAACUCCGUACGCCACAACUUGUCUCUGAACGAGUGCUUUAUUAAACUACCCAAGGGUCUGGGUAGACCUGGAAAGGGUCACUACUGGACCAUCGACCCGGCCAGUGAGUUCAUGUUUGAGGAGGGAUCUUUCCGAAGGAGGCCGCGUGGCUUCAGGCGCAAAUGUCAAGCUCUCAAACCCUCCAUGUACAGCAUGAUGAACGGACUGGCAUUUAAUCACAUACCCGAGACUUACAACUUUCAGGGGGGCGGCGGGGGCCUGUCUUGUCCUCCAAACAGUUUAUCUUUAGAGAGUGGGAUUGGGAUGAUGAAUGGACAUUUGGCCAGCAAUAUGGAAGGAAUGGGCUUGGCAGGACACUCCAUGUCACAUCUGUCAACGAACAGUGGACAUUCCUACAUGGGGAGUUGCACAGGAUCCUCGGGGAGCGAGUACCCCCACCACGACAGCUCUGCUUCGCCGCUUCUCGCCAACGGGGGAGUUAUGGAGCCCCAUCCCGUGUACUCCAGCACGGCGUCGGCCUGGCCUCCGGCGCCCUCCAACUCUCUCAACAACGGGGCGUCUUAUAUCAAACAGCAGCCGCUCUCUCCUUGCAACCCCGGUGCCAACCCGCUGCAACCCAGUUUACCAACACACUCCCUGGAACAGUCUUACCUGCACCACAACGGUCAUGGCACCACCGACCUUCAAGGUAUUCCCCGCUAUCAUUCCCAGUCUCCCAGCAUGUGUGACAGAAAGGAGUUUGUCUUCUCUUUUAACGCCAUGACCUCCUCAUCGAUGCAUUCACCAGGGAGCAGCUCGUACUACCACCACCAGCAGGUCGCCUAUCAGGAUAUCAAACCCUGUGUGAUGUGACAGCAUUACAACAUACAAAGCUCAUUAUAAAAAGCAGGCGAGAACAAUGAGAAACUCAAACCAUGGAGUGCUCUUUUAGUGGGCUCCUGUGGAAAGGGACACGGAUUAAAAAUGACCGUCACGACUAUUCAGAAGCUGACAAAUGAAGCAUCGAUUUAAACAUGACAAAUCGUCAUGAAGGAGCCGGCUCGGUACUUCAUUUAAAUUUACAUUUAGUCAUUUUGCUGACGCUUUUAUCAAAAGGGACUUACAAACGAACUUCCAGAGAACUUCAGAAGGAAAGCUUCAGCCUUUAAAAGCCAGAGAAUGUCAUUCCCAACAGCUCGGUACUAACUCUGCUGCCGGAUGACCGCCAAUCUUUGAGAUGCAAAGAUGAGUAAAAAGGAUGAUUUUACUGUAUUUUAAUGUUGCAUUGUCCUUCAAGAGGAGCUGGUAUCUUAAGGACGAACGUUUGUCAAUGAAACAUUUCUUUUCGCUUUAAGACGGUGAAUGAAGGCACUUUUAAACUCGAAAGCGCAACUUAUUUAUUCUGUUAAAACGUUAAAUUUUAGGCUACAGUUAUAGCCGCAGUAUUGACCGCUUUAUUGGCAAUAUUUGCCCAAUGUAACAUGAAGAUAUAUUAUAAGCACUGUUAGUUAUUUUGAUUUUGUUAACUUAGUUAUACCUACCCACAUUGACACGUCUUAUUCCCCAAGCACUGUAUAUAAACUGUACAUGGUGUAGGAAAUAUCUUAUAGUAGUGUUUUUCUGUUCCGAUGGCUUUAAAUGUUGUGUAACACUUCUAAGAAAAUUAAAAAGUAAUGGCAUGGAGUUUGC